CCCGCGGGGCUCCGCCGGGCUUUCUAGGACGCCGGCGCCCCGCAUACCCACCAUGGAUCUGCUGCUGUUGGUGAACACGAGCCUGGGCUCCGCCAACGAGUCCCUGGCGCUGCCCCCCGCCUCGCCGUCCUCCUCGGCCCUCCUGCAGCCGCCCUCCCCCUACUCGCCGGCGGCCGUGGCCAGCCUGGCGGCGGUGGUGGGCUUCCUCAUCGUCUUCACCAUCGUGGGCAACGUGCUGGUGGUGAUAGCUGUGCUCACCAGCCGGGCGCUGAGAGCCCCCCAGAACCUCUUCCUGGUGUCCCUGGCCAGCGCGGACAUCCUGGUGGCUACCCUGGUCAUGCCUUUCUCCUUAGCCAACGAGCUUAUGAAUUACUGGUACUUCGGCAAGGCUUGGUGUAACAUUUACCUGGCGCUGGACGUGCUGUUCUGUACCUCGUCCAUCGUCCACCUGUGCGCCAUCAGCCUCGACAGGUACUGGUCGGUCACACAGGCGGUGGAGUACAACCUCAAACGGACACCGCGGCGGAUCAAGGCCAUCAUCCUCACCGUGUGGCUCAUUUCAGCCAUCAUCUCCUUCCCGCCAUUGAUCUCCGUGUACCGGGACCCUGAAGGAGAUGUCUUUCCCCAGUGCAAGCUCAAUGACGAGACAUGGUACAUCCUUUCUUCUUGCAUUGGCUCUUUCUUUGCCCCCUGCCUCAUCAUGGUGUUGGUCUAUAUCCGCAUCUACCGCGUGGCCAAGCUAAGGACCAGGACCCUCUCUGAGAAGCGUACGAUGCCAGAGGGGUCCUCCCAGACUGAGAACGGCUUGAGCCGCGCUGCCGGCGGCUGCACGUCCCUGAGGAUGCCGCUGGGAGAGAACGGACAUUACUCGGUGCACCACUGGCGCAAAGCCUCUGAGCUGGAGGACAUUGAGCUGGAGGAGAGCAGCACCUCAGAGAGCAGGCGGAGGCGGAGCCGGGAGGAGCAUCGCCGCAAAAGCAAGAGCCAGUCCUUCUCCUACUCAUACUCCUCCAAGCACUCCAGUAGCCGUCUGUCCCGUGCGAGCAAUCGCUCCAUGCAGUUCUUCUCGUAUCGCCGUCGCCGGAAGCGUAGCAGCAUCUGCCGUAAGAAAGUUGCCCAGGCCCGGGAGAAACGCUUCACUUUUGUGCUGGCUGUGGUCAUGGGGGUCUUUGUAGUUUGCUGGUUCCCUUUUUUCUUCAGCUACAGCCUCUAUGGUAUUUGCCGGGAGGCAUGUGAGGUCCCUGAGACUCUCUUCAAGUUCUUCUUCUGGAUUGGGUAUUGCAAUAGCUCCCUCAACCCAGUCAUCUACACCAUCUUCAACCAGGACUUCCGCAGGUCCUUUAAACACAUUCUUUUUAAGAAGAAGAAGAAGAACUUCCGGCAUUGAGCUGGAGGGAUGGAUUUGCCUCGAGCAGGAGUAGAGAUAAAAGAGAAGGCUCAAUGCUGGAAAAGAAGGGAGGGGAGAGAACGUGGGGCUUGGGCUUAGGGAGCGGGAAGAGGGCUCGCCCCCUCGGUGGAGCAGGGAGAUGCUGUGGGGGACAGGGAUGGUGUCAGGGAGGCUGAGGGCACUCACCGUGGUACAGAAUGGUGACAUGGAGCUGGGGGAGCCGUGCUGGAGUGUGGAGGGGUAAAGGGGGAGGGAGUGACUGUCUUUGAACUCUGACAGAGGGCACGGGGAGCCCACAGAGGAAAGUAGGCUGAGGCACUGAGUUUGGGAGGCAGUGAGCUUUCACGGGCUCUGGAAUUUUGUGGGGAAACAAAAGGAGACAUCAGAAGGAGAGGGUUAAGUGGCAGUGGUGGUGGAGAUUUUAGUAUAUAUAAAUAGGGCAGCUGGGGCCUAUGGUGGAUUUGUCCCAGUAAGAAAUUGGCUUUUACUGCUUGUGUGGGGAAGGAGAGUGCAAAGUACCAGGCACUGACAGUGUUUUGAGUUAUGAAAGGAUUUAAAUGUUUGCCAAAAAAAUCCUAAAGAACAAUCCAAACUCUUUUCUAAAUAAACCUUUGUACUGUUAAAACCUUCUGAAUCAUGAUUUUGCUCAAGGGAUGAAGUCAAACAAAGCAAGGGGUUUUCUUUUCCUUUGGAGGGGUCUUUGCCUGUAGAUCUGGAUGGGAAAUAUUUUUCCUAUCUUCCCAUAGUUUUUGAUUAGUCAGUGAGACAAACCUGGGAGUCUUGCAUUUUUUCAUGAAAUAUGAAAAAGAACACAUAUACCACAUGACCUCAUUUCCUCCUACUGGAUCACCAGGCAGUAAAUUCCUGCUCCAUCCUUCUCAGGAUGGACCUAAGGACCUUGCUGUCCUGGAGCAGAUAGUGAGAAAAAAAAAUUACUCUGGUAAACUUGCCUAACAUUUGAGAUUAAAAAAAAAUCAAGUUUCCACUUCUAUGUGCCAUGGGGAACUUUUCCUUCCCUUUUUUUCAGUCUCCCUUCAAAGGCUAAUCUCAGGGCUGGAUGUGUGCUCCUCAUUCUCAGGCAGGCAGUUGAAGGCAUUCUGAUAUGUAGGUUUUCAGAGGAAGAGCAAUCACCCCGCUACUAAGGUCUUUAAAUCCUUCAUAUUUACAGUCUUAGAGCAACUAAAUCUUUUGUAUUUAUUUUUUAAUGAGAAGCAUACAUUGCAGAUUGUCAGCGGUGUAUGUGAACAAAUCUCAAAAGGAGGUGCAGCUGCUCCAAACCUUUGGUGUUAAUGUUGUUUGCUUUCGCUUAUUCUGUUUGCAUUUCUAGUUUAUGAUUUUAGAGGAUUUUCUAGGGAGGAGAGGCAGAAGAGGGGAGCAUAGUUUGAAAAGUUAUUAAAGCAAACUAUAUUUCCCAUGGGUUUAUAAAAUGUCAUAAACUGCAGUGAAGAAAAUGAGAGGCAGGGACUGGUGUCUGUGCAUUCAUCACUGAAUGCACACCAAGUGUAAGAGUGAACUGAGCAUUUACAUCCCUUCUUCAGCUGUGCUGCUGCAAGGUGUGUAUUCUGUUCAUGGGGCAAAUACUGCUCCUUUUUAUGUUUAUCACUCCUUCCGUAGGCAGCAGGAUUUGGCAUCUGCCUCAAAUGCACCUUUCCACAGCAAACAGUUCUUGGAAAAAAAAAAGUGAAAUCUAAUCCCUUAUAACAGACUUCUUAAAACAGCUGAAUUGAAUCUAUGUUGAGGAAUUGAUACCCCCUUCCUUUCUCCCUCUGUUCUGUCUGAAAAGUGUCUGUAGCCUCUUAUUGUGAAUUCUCUGUAGCAUAAGGAAAAAGGAUAGAGCAGUCACUUUGUUUCAUCAGUUUUUCAAAAUAAGCAUUUGGUUCACUUAACCCUGGCAAAGGAGACUGUCAGUGACUGAGGUUCUGGUUGUUCCUUCAAUAGACAGUUUUAACUCAAAUUCAAGUGGGAGUUGUGCUGAAGUAGGGAUUAGAUGAUUGCAUCAAAUGCAUUAGAAGUUUGCUGGAUUUCGCUAAGUAAACAACUGAGAUAUUUUCAAAGUCCUAAAUCUGUAACUUAUGGGAUGCCUUCUUGAAAUAAGGCUCAGAGUGUGAAAAGAUUUGAGUUUUGUUUAAAUAACAAAUGGUUUGGUACAAAUGCAUACCUGAGACAGAUAAAGGAGAGAUAAAAAUAGCAACUGAGAGGAGAAAAUUACAAGCCAUUUCUCUUUUGCAAAAUGGAGAGUUCUUAUUAAAGUUACAUCAGGAAGAGCUGAAGCUAGCUCUUAUUAUUUUUAGGUAACAAUGUAGCUAAAAAGUUCAGGUUUGUUUACUCUGAAUAAACUAUAACCACCAGAGCAACCAAAGCAACAUAUGGUACCUGGCUGCUACCUCUGAGCUCCUGGACAGCUUCAUUAGAGGUGCCCAUUCCUGCCAAAUGAAGGUCUGCUUUUGUCACUUAAUGCUCCCUUGGAGGGGUUUCCCAGUCUGCAGACUCACAGUGCUUUCACUGUUGUGCUGUUUUUGAAAUGAGCUCUGUGGCCUGCAAGAACAGUCCUUCCCCCUCUGUUUUCCUUGUAGAAUUCAAGCAGUCUAUGGAAAUGAAAUUCUGACAGAUUUUAGUGAGCAUAAAAAAUAUAUAUGGAAUGACUGAUGUGCCUUAAAAGUAAAUUCUUUGCAGUAAAAAUAUUCUGUGGUCAUUAUAAACAUUAAAGAAAUAAUGCUUCUAAUUUUUUUUUUGUUUGUUUUUCACUUCCAAAUAUUUUAAAGGGUUUGAUGCAGGUACUGAAUAUCUAUGAGCAGCAACAUAGUUAAAACCAGGGUAUUUCUUGGUUUUAAUUUUUCUUGUCACAGUUACUCAUCUGAUUCAAUGCCUCAAGAGAGUCUUAUUUCUUCUGAGCUAAAUAAAAGUAAUAUUCAUUAAUAAAGAUGUGCAGUUUACACCCCUUCUAAGUGCAUUUCCCUCUAAAUUAGUGAAUAUAAAGGAUUUCUAUAAAAAUAAUUUUAAUGUAACUACUGAAUAUGCUUCAAGUAAAAUGGGGCUGAUUUACUUUUUUUAAAUACAUUGGUCUCUUGUUACUUGUAAUAGCUGAAGACUGGAAUUUGUAACAUACUGUGUGGUGUUAACUUUCCAUAAAAAGUUUUCAGCUCUGCUACUCAUACUGUGGUUGUGCUUCAACUGUAAGCUGGCUAAUAGUAUCUACAGGAGAAGAAUAGUCUAUGCAGCUUUAGCUUAAGAAAAAGGGAGAAGAUAUGUGUAAAAUGUGCUGAGUUGUUUCUUUGAUCAGCUAUGAGAAACCGGUUGAAAUACUCUCUCCUGUUGUGGAAGAAGGAAAUAUUGCUACUAAGCCAUAUCGAUUUUAACAAGUACUUGAUCUUUAACUCUUCAUUUGCUCAUUUCACCGUGAAGAAAAAUUCCUGUCAUUCUUAAGUGAGACAUUGAUGUUUCAUUUUCGAUUUUCUGAACUGUGCUGUUGUUGGUUGAGUACUGAAAUAUCGAACAGUGUAACUUAGCUGGGAUGGGAACUCAGUGCUGCUGUCCCUCAGCCACCUCUGUGGGAGUUUUGCGUGAGAGAGAAAUGCAGAAUUAGCCUCUUCAGGGCUUGAGGCAGAUGGAAGAGGCCUUAUAAAUAGGAGAUUUGACAGGAUCACAGCUUUAAAUCAUUGUCUGAAAUAAGAAUCAGGCCCUUGUUGUUCUGUGCGAUCUCUGUUCACAAGAGUCAUGUUGCUGCAAGAGCACUGGUGAUUCCUGACAAGCAGAUCUGAGAUGAAAGUCUACAUGCAGCUUUGCACACGUUGGCCUGUAUCAGCCUUUGUGAGUAAUCUCAGAAAACUUGAGUGGAAUUUACUUGUGAGUCAGGAAGAUACUCACAGUGGGCAAGGACUUCAGGAGCCUCCUGAAACGUUGCCUCCUUUUUAGUAAACAUGCUGGAGGAAUCUAAGCAAAUGUUUGUGCGUAAAUGUAGGAGAACAGAAGGAAUGCAAUCCUCUCUGCUUAACUCUUGACUACUGUUCAAGCCCAUAGAGGAUGUGGAUGAGGGUUUUUUUGACUGUAUAUUUUUGGUGUAAGCUGUGUGAAGAGCAUUAUGUGAUUGCAUCUGUUUUUCAGAGAAGAAAACUGUUGGUCUGUGAGGGUUGGUAUUGGCUAGAACAGCAUCUGAGAAUUCUAAGGAUUUUGUAGGAACUUUUGGUAAUAAAAUCCGUUUCAGGAGAAGGUUCUGACCUUAAACUAUGACUGCUCUCAAGAAGGAGAGAAUAUCUACAAGCUGUGCAAAAGGAAGACCAGAUGCUAUGUGAAAACUCUGUGAGCUCGUUUUUAUGGUUGCUCAUUAUGACCUUGUUGGUGAGCAGAAAGCAACUAGAUGCUUCAGAGAAAAAGCUCUAAUUCAAAGGGGGAACAGUGGAUGAGGAAAUGGCUACCCACAACACUGAGGGAAUUCAUAUUUGCAUGCCUUCUUUCUACUGUGCACAGGUACAGUAGAGGAAGCUGGCUUUUUCAUUGCACAAUAGAAAAUGUUAAUUUGUGUUCCAGAUCUGUGGGUCACCUGUGCCAUACAAAAUUUGUCACGGGAGAAAGCAGAGAGAGGAUUGCUCACUUCAGUGUUCAACACCAAGCUUAAAUUUGUCCUUUGUCCUUGAAAUUAAGCCAGAAAUACAGUUUGGCACUUGC